AUGAGGCAAACGGCGAGUCGUCGACGGGAGGACGAAUUACCUAAGGGAGUACUUGCUGCUCUCCGUCUCAAAGCCUUGCCGCCGAAUAUUGUUGAUCGGAAACACGUGGCACGUCCUUUCCAGUCACGGCGAGCGCCGCCGGCAGAGUCCGAGCUGACGAAUGAUACGGAAUUGGAAUCCCCUUACGAUUUUCGUCUUCAGUUGGAAUCAUAUGAACAUCUUAUUAAAAGCAACCCUAAUGAUCCUAAAUUGUGGCAGAGAAGAAAGAAGUUCAUUGGGAGUAGGAUUGAUGCUGCAAGAGUGUUCUCUGAACUUCAUUUCACAAAGGAGUUUCUAUGUAUACACCCGAAAAGCCUGCAUUGCUGGUCCUAUAGAAAGUGGCUUCUAGAGGCAUUUCAUGCAGGAAUGGGAAAAAUUGAAUUUUCUGACGUAGAGUUCGAACUCAAAGGUCGCACCCAUAAUAAGUUCGCUUGGUGUGAGAGAACCUUCUUGGUGACAAAACUGCGAAUGAGAUCCGGUGAGGAGGAAUCUGAUUAUGCUAUAGAGGCUAUUAAAAAGGAACCGGAAAAUGGUCUUCCAUGGAUAUACCUGAGAGUUCUUUACAAGACUCUGGGAUUUGAUCAGAAGAAGCUCGAUGAACUCUUUGAGUUUGUACUCUCCCCAGAUUGUGCCCAUGAAUGGGGAAGGAAAGGAGAAUAUAUUUAUAUUCAGAAAAUCUACUCCUUCUUUCUGGAGACACACAUUUCCCUUAAUAGAGGAAAGUAUAUAAAUGCUAUUGAUGCUAUCCUCGAUCUAAUUUGUUUUGGGUACAGAUUACCGAGCAACCGUACUCUGAAUGAUAAUAUAAUGAGUUGUGAUCCACAUCGUCAGCCUUGUAGUAAUGUCCUUGAUUGCUUUGAACAUGUUUUGUCGAUUGCAAAUGGAUUAAGAAUUACUUACUGGAAAGGGCGCAUUGACCAAGCUCGACUUGCCCUGGCUAGUGACAAUGCUCAAGAUAAAGAUAAAGAUAAAGAUGAAGAUGAAGAUGAAGAAUGA